AUGGGGAGGCAACCUUGUUGUGAUAAAGUUGGGUUGAAGAGAGGUCCAUGGACUAUUGAAGAAGAUCACAAGCUCAUCAACUUUGUACUCAACAAUGGAAUCCAUUGCUGGCGAGCCGUUCCUAAGCUUGCAGGUCUGCUGAGAUGUGGAAAGAGUUGCAGAUUAAGAUGGAUAAAUUAUCUGAGGCCAGACCUUAAAAGAGGGGCACUAUCAGAAUCGGAAGAGGAUCAGAUUAUACAACUCCAUGCCCGCCUCGGUAACAGGUGGUCAAAGAUUGCCUCGUAUUUUCCUGGUCGCACAGAUAAUGAAAUCAAGAACCACUGGAACACUCGUAUUAAGAAGAGGCUAAAGCUCCUGGGAUUAGACCCUGUGACCCACAAGCCCAUUGAUCAUAAAAUUGAUGAAGACAAAACCAAAACCACUACUACUUCAGAUCAUGAGCCGGAUUCAUCAAAAGAGCAAGAGCCAACAAGUGACACCCAAAAUGAAACCACAACGUUAAUAAACACCGAUAAUGAUGGAACAGAUCUUUUACUACAUAAUUAUGAAAUGUUGUGUGGAAGCUUGGAUGUGGGAAACUUAUGGAUGAACCAAUUGCAAGAAGCCAUUAACAUUAAUACCUCCUACAUUAAUAGUCCUUCAUUUAAUUCUUUCGAAGAUUCUCUCAACCCUUCUUCAAUGGGUGAAUAUUCCCCUAAUUCCAUACAAGUAGAAGACUCUCUACCACAGCAAUGGGUUGAUAGUACUGUGGAUUCCAAUAUUCUGUCAUGGGAUGGUUUCAAUCAACUAGAAGAAGAUGAGCUUUUUCUUUUUGGACAAUAG